UGGUGUCGGUCGAGGGAAGAGAAGAAAGUCGAGAAAAAAAAAUGUUUUUACGAUAAACUUACAAAUGAAUACAUGUUUACAAGUUGUGUUUACUUAUAGCAAGUUAUUGAGUGUGUUCACAGUGUGCUUUUUGUUGAUAUAGUUGAGUGUAUUCAGUGUCGAUGGAUUAACAUCAAUGAUUGUUUAACGUUAAUCUUGUUCAACAUCUUCAACAUCUUCAAUCUCUUCGUAGUUUGGUUUGCGCUUUUUAAACUGGUGACAUGCCGAGACCCGGAAGGUCUACUUAUGGUGAUCAAAAGCCUCCUUACUCGUAUAUAAGUUUAACUUUUAUGGCAAUCCAAUCUUCGGGUGAAAAAAUGUUGACUCUCAGUGAUAUUUAUAAAUUUAUUAUGGAUCGGUUUCCUUAUUAUCGGAAAAACACUCAACGCUGGCAAAACUCGUUGAGGCACAAUUUAUCGUUCAACGAUUGUUUCAUCAAAAUACCUCGACGUCCAGAUCGUCCUGGUAAAGGUUCCUAUUGGGCUUUACACCCGUCUUGUGGGGAUAUGUUUGAGAAUGGAAGUUAUCUGAGGCGAAGGAAAAGGUUUAAACUGCCCAAGAGUAUUAAGGAGGCCAUGGCUGAUGCUAAACACUAUCAGAGUACCAUUGCUGCGGAAAACAUGAAGCUCAGGUUAAAUGGUAUUGAAGAUUCACCGGAUCGAUCACAGGAUCGCUCGCAAGAUCGUUCUCCUGAUCAUUCACCUUUAGCUCAACACCAGCCACAUCAUCAUUCCCACCAUCACCAGCAACCUCACCCAUUGUCCUUUCAACAUUCCCUUCAACAUCAACUGCAACACCAAUUGCAACACCAACUUCAACAUCAACUUCAACUUCAACCCCAACCGCGACCUCAACUGUCGCUCUCACUGCAACCACCUCCAGGUCCACCGCAUCAUCAACAUCACCAUCACCUUCCUGGAUCCCAUUCAACAUCCAGUAAUACCAAUCCUGGAUCAAGUCCAUCUCAUCCUCAUCAUCCUCAUGCCCAUCACCCACUACUUCAUACUCAUGGUUCACCCAGUCUGGCUCAUCCUCAUGCUCAUCCAGGCAACACUCCUCACCCUCAUCCACUCAGUUCACUGGGUCUAAGUGCUGUGCAAGCAGCCGCUGCAGCAGCCGCAGCAGCAGCAGCAGCCGCAGAAGCUAGUGUCGCCUCAUCGGCAACCACAUCAUCGUCACCCUCUUCAUCAACCUCAUCAUCGUCUCUAGUUACCGACAAUUCAACACCAUUGAGUAGACUGAAUGCUCUUCACCAUUAUCUUCAUCAUCAUCCACUUCCACUCACCUCACUUCAUCCACCUCCAUCAUCAACAUCAUCUUCAUCUGUUGUCUCUUCGUUAACCAAUAAAAAAUCGUUCAGCAUUGAACAUCUCAUUGGACCCGACAAAGUAAAAGAAAAGUCAUCUUCGCUCACAGAUUUCAUCAUUUGGUUACACUUAUCAUCACCUUUCUUCAAAUCUUCCUCAUCAUUCUGAGGUUUCAUAGAUUCCCAUUCAAUCUACACCGUGUUCAAUAUUCAAUAAUACCGAACAAUCUCAACACUGAUUACAAUAAUGACAAACUGAAUGAAAACUGAAUGACACUUUGCUCGACCCAAUGUCAUAACCUAUUCUGAACCGAAAAAGUGAAGAAUCCUUGAAAUCCUUUCACCUCAUUUCAAACUGUUUUAUAUUAGAUUCAAGUCAACCGAAUGAACACAAAAAGUGUAAUCACAACUAAAAUAAUCAACUCUAAUUAAACCUUGAUUUAGCUUGUUUCAAUCAGCUUCAGUCACCAUGAAGAUGAAUAAACUUGUAAAAUACUUGA